UGUGUUGUGACGUCAUCAGGCGGGUCACGUGCUCUCUGUGAUCUCGCGAGAAGCGGCGGGAUUUGAGCAGAGCCGGUUUAACGGAUCGGUCAGUUAACGGAACCAGUAUUUAUUUAAAACCCGCCUAAAAUAAACCGGUUCCAGGUUCUGGAGGUUCUGUUUUAUAGCUGGACCCACAUGAAGCUGUUUAUAAACCCGGUUCGGUUCUGGACUCGGGUUCUAACGGACCGUGGACCUGCUAACAGCUUGUUUUUAUCAUCGGCAUCCAUUCACCGAGCUGAGGCUGCAAACUGGACCUGAACCGRCCCGGUUCGGUUCUGAGGACCGUCUCUGGGUCAGGUAACCUCCUUCAUGGUGGAAGGUUCUGGUUCGGGGCUGAUGGACCGACCUGUGACGUGGUGAUGUGGUCUGGGUUCUGAAGUGACCGAACCCGCCCGGAACAUGAUCCACCCGCAGGGUUCGGUUCUACCCCGCGUGCUGGGCAGGGUGUUCUGUCAGUGUCGGUCCACAGAGACCCCCCCGGGACCCGGACCCCCUCAGUCCGGGGACCAGGAUGAUCCGUCCUGUGAGAUGUGCGGUGGUCCGGAUCAGCACCGGCUGAAGGUUCUGUUCCAGGUUCUGGACGUGAACGGGGACGGAGGGAUCUGUGUGAACGACCUGACCGUGGGACUGAAGAAGCUGGGGGUCCACAGGACCGAGACCGAGCUGAGGAAAAUAGUCAAAGCCGGAGACAAAGACCUGGACGGGCAGCUGGACUUUGAGGAGUUUGUCCACUACCUCCGAGACCACGAGAAGAAGCUGCGGCUGGUCUUCAAGAGUCUGGACAAGAAGAACGAUGGUCGGAUCGACUCGCAGGAGAUCAUCCUGGACGUCGGGGAGAGUUUACUGGUUCCUGAUGAGUUCACAGCAGAGGAGAAGAAAACAGGGAUGUGGUGGCGACACCUGGUGGCUGGGGGAGGAGCUGGCGCCGCCUCUCGUACCUGUACGGCACCUCUGGACCGGCUGAAGGUUUUGAUGCAGGUCCACGCCUCUAAAAGCAACAGCAUGAAGAUGGGCGGCGGCUUCACUCACAUGAUCCGGGAGGGCGGAGUCAGGUCGCUGUGGAGAGGAAACGGGAUCAACGUCAUCAAGAUCGCUCCGGAGUCCGCCAUCAAGUUCAUGGCGUACGAGCAGAUCAAACGUCUGAUCGGCAGCGACCAGGUGACGCUGGGCAUCGCCGAGAGGUUCCUGUCAGGAUCUCUGGCUGGAGCCAUCGCUCAGAGCAGCAUCUACCCCAUGGAGGUUCUGAAGACCCGCCUGGCCCUGAGGAGGACGGGUCAGUACUCUGGGAUCGUGGACUGUGCCAGACACAUCUUCCAGAAGGAGGGCGUGGCUGCGUUCUACAAAGGCUACGUCCCCAACAUGCUGGGCAUCAUCCCGUACGCCGGCAUCGACCUGGCGGUCUAUGAGACCUUGAAGAACUCGUGGCUGCAGCGUUACGCCACAGACAGCGCCGACCCGGGGGUCUUUGUGCUGCUGGCCUGCGGGACCACCUCCAGCACCUGCGGCCAGCUGGCCAGUUACCCGCUGGCUCUGGUCCGGACCCGGAUGCAGGCUCAGGCGUCUCUGGAAGGAGGACCUCAGAUGAGCAUGUCGGGCCUCUUCAGGCACAUYGUCCGGACCGAGGGGCCCAUGGGACUGUACCGAGGACUGGCCCCCAACUUCAUGAAGGUCAUCCCCUCCGUCAGCAUCAGCUACGUGGUCUACGAGUACCUGAAGAUCGGCCUGGGGGUCCAGUCCAAGUGAGGACAGGAGGACCAGGAGCAGGACUGAAGGAGUCUGGAGACACUUUGUCUUAAACCAGAACCACAGGGGKUCUCUGGGGGUCUUCAGAACCAGGACUCAGUUCUGUAGAACCCAGAGGAGGGUUUCAUGUCCCUGCCCCAGAACCUUCAGAGUUCUAGUUUUGUUAACUGAUCCGGUACAGAACCAUGUGGUUCUGAAGGUUCUAACACCAGGUUGGUCCAGAUUUAGGUUUUACUCUGACAGAUGGCAGCUGAAUGUUCCRGACCAGUUUGGACCAGUUUGGACCAGCAGAGCUAAGCCCCGCCCACUUCUGUAGAAAACAACAAAACCAAGUGUUUGUUAGUAAAUCAAACUGAAGACCACCAGACUGGACCUGCAGGUCCCUGUGGACCACCAUGUCACACGCCUUCUUUAGCUGCUUUAGCUUUCUUUAGCAUGCUAGCUAGCUCUAACUAGCAUCCAUGUGGGGGUUGAACCAGCAGCUGAAGAGUUCAAACCUUUUGUGCUUUGACCUGUUCCUGCAGACACACUCAGGUGGUCUCACCUGGAAGUGGGCGGAGCAGGAAGUGAUGUUUGAUGUCAGGAUCUGAUCCGAACAGAAAAGUUCUGAUGGAACCGUCUGCAGAACUUUAACCUGACACUAAUCCAGCCUUUACACAGAGACACACACACACACACACACACACACACACACACACACACA